AUGAUAUUAUCUGUUGAGGAGUCUACACCAGAAUAUAUACAAUUUACACUACGGAACACAACUGUGUCAUAUGCAAAUGCAUUAAGAAGGAUCCUGAUAUCUGAGGUACCCACUGUUGCAAUAGAUCUGGUUGAAAUAGAAAGAAAUAACACAGUGCUUCCAGAUGAGGUUCUAGCACACAGACUAGGAUUGAUACCAAUAUAUUCAAAGCGAGAGCUUAAGUACAAGAGCGAGUGUGAUUGCUCAGGAUUCUGCGAUCAGUGUUCAAUUACAUUUGAAAUAGAUGUUGUGCAUCUUGAAGACACGUUCAUGACUGUAAGUACAAGAGACAUUAUUUGUACCUCAGACGAUGUAAACAUCCGAAGUGGACCUGUUAUUGCAAAGCUCGCAAAGGAUCAAGGACUGAAGAUUAAAUGCAUUGCACGUAAGGGCAUAGGCAAGACACAUGCAAAGUGGUCUCCGGUCUCUGCAGUUGGAUUUGAGUAUGAUAAGAACAAUGCCCGAAGAGAAACAAAUUAUUGGUUUGAGGAAGAUGUGGAGGAAGAAUGGCCUGGUGUAAAGCAAGAUGAAGCGAAUCUGAUGCAGAAGAUCGAUGAAGUCCAUAUGCGAGUUGAGGUUGUUGAAGGGGGAUUAAGCCCUGUGGCAAUUGUAAUCAAGGCACUGGAGAUCCUCAGGGAAAAGGUAAUGAGAGUGGUAUCAUCCAUAGAAGCAAUAAAUUGA